UAAAAAGUUAAAAUCCUGAACAAAACCUAAAAGUCUGAACUUGAAAGCUAAAAGGGAGAGACGCAGAAAUGGCCGCUCCUACUACUCUACCAUGCUUGAGUUUAGACGAUUGUGCAUUCGGACGAGUAGGCACUUAGAGUUUAUUGCUCACCAUUUGGAGUUGUGAAAAGGGAAGACAGAUCUCAACUUACAUUCCUAGAACAGAUCAGACCAGUGCAUCUUUCAAGACAGACAGACAAUAGGAGUAGUUGCUUGGUGAAUGAAUUGAAGAUUAAGAGCUUUCCUCUGUUUUGGUUUGUUUCACUCUCUAGCUUCAAAUCGAGGAGAAUAUUCAGAAAAGGGAAAGAAAAUGUGAGGUGAAGACAAAGGAGAUAAGAAAUUGAAAAAUGGAGUACUAACUCUGGUGAAGAAUAAGAGCUUUCCUCAUUCUUAUUCUUAGUUUGUGUCACACAAGAGAAGAGAUGUAGUCGUAUCCAGGACUAAGAAAAUCAAGCUCAAAGGAAUGGAGCCUGUGCUAUCAAUAGUGGAAAAAGUGCUUGGAUAUGUGGUUCGUCCGGUUUAUAAGCAGGUGGCCUACAUCUUCCAGUACAAGCAAUAUGUAGAUGAACUAAAUCAUAGUGUUGCGAAUCUUAGACGUGAAAAGGAUGGGCUGGAACACAAAGUUGUUGAUGCUGAUAGUAAUCUAAAAAAGAUUGAAGCUAAGGUCACAGAAUGGUUACUGGAAGUAGGUGAAUUUGAGUCUAAAUUUGAGAAUUUUAUGAAAGAUGAAGGCCACACAAAGUCAAGGUAUCCUCACUUAUGGAAUAGGCAUAAACUAAGCAGACGAUCAACAAAGAUGUCAAUGAAGGUUAAGAAGCAAAGAGAUGAGGCCCCCGAUGUUGAUGAAGUUGCCUAUACGGAGAACGUAACAUCUAAUGAUGUCACUUACUCUAAUGUUGGCUACAUGGAUUUUGGUUCUAGAAAAUCCACAAUGAAUGACAUAUUGGCAUUACUUCAAGAUUCCACGGUCAGAAUGAUUGGGCUGCAUGGGCCAGGUGGUGUGGGUAAGACCACUUUUGUCAAAGAAAUUGCUACUAUAGCUCGAAACAAGAAGAUGUUUAAUGAGGUGGUAAUAGCAGAAAUAACAGCCAAUCCCAAUUUGCAACAAAUCCAGGAAGAAAUUGCUUACGUGUUAGGAUUGAGAUUGGAAGGGGAUGGUGAAAAUGUGAGAGCUGAUUGUAUACGAAGGAGGUUAAAGAAAGAGAAAGAGAACACCCUUAUAAUAUUGGAUGACCUAUGGGACAAAUUAGAUUUGAACAAGUUAGGGAUUCCACUUGAUGAUGAUGAUGAUUAUGAUGAUGAUUUAAGCAAGAUGAAAGAGAUGAAAAGUGAAAAUGAAAUGAAUCUUAGGAGCAAAGUGAUGAAAAAAGAAAGACCUCUUGGUGAUUAUAACAGGUGCAAAAUUUUGCUAACCUCAAGGAAUGAAAAAGUAUUGUUUGAUGAAAUGGAUGUUAAGUCAACAUUUUGCAUUAAGGAAUUAGAUGACAAGGAUGCUCUGAUGUUGUUGCAGAAGGUGGCUGGAAUACCUAAUGAAAUGUCCAAAGUUAAACAAGAGUUUCUUAAGUAUUGUGCGGGGAUACCCAUGGCAAUAAUUACUGUUGGCAGGGCAUUAAGAGACAAGAGUGACUCAGUGUGGGAAGCUGCACUAGAAAAACUUAAAAAGCAAGAAUUGGUGGGAAUGGAAAAGGCUAUGGAAAAUUCUUUAAAGAUGAGUUAUGACUAUCUAGAAAGUGAGGAACUCAAGUCCAUUUUCUUACUUUGUGCUCAAAUGGGUCAUCAACCACUAAUUACGGACUUGGUGAAGUAUUCCUUUGGUUUGGGUAUACUUGAAGGGGUCUACUCGCUUAUGGAAGCUCGUGACAGAAUUCAUACAUCAAUAAAAAAGCUAAAAGACUCAAGUUUGGUGUUGGGUGGAAGUUCUAGUAAUCAUUUCAAUAUACAUAAUAUGGUUCGAGACGCUGCUUUGUCAAUAGCACACAAGGAGAAAAAUAUAUUUAUUAUGAGAAGUGGUAAACUUGAUUGGCUUGAACUUGAGAAGUGCACUUCAAUUUCUAUAUGCAACAGUGAUAUCCUUGAUAAACUUCCUAAUGUUAUAAAUUGUCCUCAACUUAAUUUUUUUCAAAUUAAUAAUGAUGAUUCAUCUUUGAGAAUACCUAACAGUAUUUUUAAAAGAAUGAAAAAACUCAAAGUGUUAAUAUUGAGUGGUUUUCAUCUGUCAAACUUACAAGAUUUAAUUAAAGGUCUAUCAAAUCUCAGAAUGCUUUGUUUGGAGCGAUGCAAUUUAGAUGGCAAUUUAUCAAUCAUAGGAACGUUGAAAGAAUUAAGAAUUCUUAGUUUUUCUGGGUCUCAAAUUGAAAAUUUUUCAACUGAGUUGUGGUGCUUAGAUAAGCUACAAUCACUAGACACCAGAAAUUGUUGCAUACAAAGGAUGUACCUACCUAAUUCUAUAUCAAGGUUGACUUCUUUGGAAGAGUUGUAUGUAAGAAAGUGUUUGAUCUACUCUGUUGUGGGAAAAGAGACAAACAGUCCAAUUUCAUUGCUUUCUAUACUAAAAAAUUUGCAUCAACUGAAAGUGGUGGACUUGAGCCUCCCAUGUGCUACAGUUUUUCCCAAGGACUUGUUCUUUGAAAACUUAUAUGAUUACAAGAUUGUGAUUGGAGACAUCGAGGUGCUUUCAGGUGGAGAUUUCAGGAUGCCUAAUAAGUACGAACCAUUUAGAUCUUUGGCAUUGCAACUGAAGGACGAUACUAACAAUAUUCACUCUCAAAAUGGGAUAAAAUUGUUGUUUAAAACAGUUCAAAAUUUGUUAUUGGGAGAGAUAAAUGGUGUUAAAAAUGUUAUUUAUGAGUUGAAUUUGGAUGGAUUUCCAGAUCUGAAACACUUAUCUAUCACAAAUAAUUUUAGCAUCAAACAUAUCUUCGAUCCAAAGGAUUUGGCUCAUCCUCCGGAUGUUUUUCCCAAUUUGGAAUCUUUAUGCCUUUACAAAUUGUGGAACAUAGAGAUGAUAUGUUGCGGUCCAGUUACAGAUGUCUCAUUUACCAAAUUGAAGACCAUCAAGAUCAAUAUGUGUGCCCAUUUGAAGAAUGUCAUCUCAAUUUACAUGGUUAAACUUAUUUCUUGUGUAGAAACAAUUGAUGUUUCUGAUUGUGAUUCUAUAGAGGAGAUUGGAAAUACCGCAAAUUCUGAUAAGGUUGAGUUUCUUAGGUUGCACUCUCUGACUCUAGAAUCCUUAUCAGCAUCAUUUACUAGUUUUAAUAGUAGAGAAGAGCAAGACAUGGUUCCUCCUCUCUUUGGUAAACUGGUUACAAUUUCAAAUUUACAUAGCUUGAAUUUAUCCUCGAUCAACAUCCAUAAGAUAUGGUGUGACCAGUCCCUGUCAAGCUUUUGCUUUCAAAACUUAAUAAAACUAGUUGUGAAAGACUGUAAUAAGUUGAGAUAUUUGUGUUCAUUGUCUGUGGCUAGCGGUUUGAGCAUGCUAAAAAUCCUCUAUGUAAGUGGGUGUCAUGUGAUGGAGAAGAUUUUUUGCACCGAAGGAAAUGGUCCACACAAGGUCUUUGUCUUUCCAAAGUUGGAGGAAAUCCACCUCAGCAAAAUGGAAAUGGUAACAGACAUAUGGCAGACUGAAAUGAGUGUUAAUUCCUUUUGUAGUCUCAUUUCUGUGCACAUUGAAGAAUGUGAAAAAUUAGAAAAGAUUUUUCCGAGUCACAUUGAAGGAUGGUAUGCAAGUUUGAAAAAGUUGAAGGUUGUUAAUUGUCAGUUAGUGAAAGUGAUUUUUGAAAUCAAAGAUUCCCAACAAAGAGAUGCAUCUGGUGGGAUAGACACAAAUUUGCAAAGUAUUUAUGUUGCUAACCUCCCAAAGUUGAAGCAAGUGUGGAACACGGAUCCAAGAGGAAUUCUCAACUUCAGAAAACUGCAGAAUAUAGAUGUAUAUUCUUGUGAUAAAUUGAGAAAUGUCUUUCCGGCUUCUGUGGCCAAAGAUGUUCAAAAGAUUGAACGCAUGUCAGUAAGAUUUUGUGAGAGAAUGGUGGAAAUUAUUGCUUGUAAAGAUGGAUUAGAAGCAAGCAAUGAACCAUUAGUGUUCCCUGAAUUGAUCAGCAUGAAAUUAGAUCGGCUACAAAACAUGGAGCGUUUCUAUAAGGGGAGACAUGGUAUAAAGUGUCCAAAAAUGAAUAAGUUGGCAAUGGCGUAUUGUGAGAAGCUUGAAACAUUUCAAAUAGAAAGAAGUGCAAGCACAAAUGAAGUAGCAGUUUUCUCAACACCUAAAGAGGUAUUUCCCAACUUGGAGUAUUUGUAUAUUGACUUUGACCAACCAGAGAAGUGGUUAUUGAGCAACACCAAAAUGUACAGAAUGCACCGUUUAAAAGAGCUUAUUAUCUCCGGGAAAGUUAGUUUUGACUCUCUCUACCAGUUUCUGUACAGAAUGCCAAAUCUAGAAAAGUUGUCGCUUCAUGAGUUAAUGCCAAGUGCAAACAUUGCACCCCAGGAAAGAUUAGAAACCGUAUUACAGUUGAAGGAAUUGGUUUUGUCAUCUUCAUUUAUAGAGGAUAUAGGACUUGAACGACACCCGUUUCUACGGAGACUUGAACUUUUGAGCUUACAAGAGUGCCACAAAUUGAGCAUUUUAGCUCCUCCCUCGGUAUCAUUGACUUACUUGACAUAUUUGGAAGUAAAGUAUUGUGGUGGAUUAAGGGAUUUAAUGACAUUCUCAACGGCAAAAAGCUUGGUUCAACUUAAGACCAUGAAGGUAAUCCAUUGUGAUGAAAUAAAGGAAAUAAUAAGCAAUGAGGGAAAUGAAAAAGAAAACAUCGAAAUUGUAUUUAGCAAUUUGAUUACUAUAGAACUUGUGACUCUAAAACGGCUCACAAGUUUUUGCAGCAACAAGAAUUGUAUAUUCAAAUUCCCUUUAUUGGAAAUAUUGAUUGUGAGAGAAUGCUCCAAGAUGGAAACAUUCUCGGAGAAUCUGGCAAGUGCGCCAAAGUUGCAAAAUAAUAUACUUGCUGUUGAAGGCGAAGAAGAAGCGAAAUGGCAGUGGGAACGCGACUUGAAUGGCACCAUACAAAAAGUUUUCAAAGAUAAGGUUUCUUUCAGAUACUCGGAGCAUUUGAAUAAUUCCAGGUAUCCUGAAUUUAUAGAGCAACUAUGGCAUUGCAAUCAUUUGGUGUUACAAAACAACUUUCGCAAUCUGAAAAGUUUGGAAAUAGGAUGUGAUAGUCUAGAGCAUGUAAUUCCAUCUCAUUUACUUCCUUGCUUUGAGAAUUUUGAAGAAAUAUGGGUAUGGAAUUGUAGUGAAGCACGGGUCAUAUUUAAUAUAAGUGAUGAGAAAAAAACUUUGGGAAUAAUCCGUUUGAAAAGAUUGAGUUUAUAUUAUCUACCAAAACUAGAGCAUGUAUGGGACAAGGAUCCUGAGGGAAUUAUUGACCUUCAAGUACUACGGGUUAUGUCGGUUACAGGUUGUGAUAGUCUGAAAAGUUUAUUUCCAGCAGGGGUGGCUAAAAAAGAUGUUACCUGCAGACUUGAAGAGCUUGAGGUAACAGAGUGUAGGGAGUUGGUAGAAAUAUUUUCAAAGGCUGCAGAAGCAGAAGGAGCAACAAAAAUGUGUGUGUUUAGUUCUCUCACCUCAUUGACUCUAACGGAAUUGCCAAAGCUCAAAUACUUCUUUCCCGGAUCGCACACGCUUGAAUGUGAAGAAGAUGAUGCAGAGGAGCAAGUCCUUAUUGAAAUUGAAAAGGUUAUCCAAAUCCCCAGCUUGAAGAAAGUGUCAUUCAGUAUUGGAGACAUCAAGGUUACAUGGGAUCGAGAGUCUGCAGGAGGGCAAUUGCAGUUUGAUCAACUAGAAGACUUUGAAGAAUUCUUAGACGCUGCUCCUCUAUACAGAUUCCUUCACAGGGUUCCCAGUAUCCAAAAGCUUGCAUUUAACCGGUGUAGGUUUAAAGAGAUGUUCUCCGCUGAAAGACCGAAUGCUGAUUACACUCCAAUCCUUUUGCACCUCAAAGGAUUAGAGUUAAGUUAUAUGAAUCAGCUUAAGUCCAUUGGUUUAGAGCACUCUUGGCUACAACCCUUUCUUGAAAAUCUCCAAACGUUACAAGUAAAACGUUGCCAUAGUUUGCCAAACUUGGUACCAUCAUCAGCAUGCACAGUAUCUUUCACCAAUCUGACAUAUUUGGAAGUAAGUAGUUGCAAAGGACUUAUCUAUUUGUUUACAUCCUCGACAACCAAAAGUUUGGGUCGACUCAAAAGACUGAAGAUAAAAAGGUGUGAAUCAGUGAUGGAGAUAGUGUCCAGAGAGGGAGAUGAACCAGAUGAGGAUGAACAAAUAAUAUUUGAGCAGCUCCAGGUUUUGUAUCUUCAAGAAUUACGUCAGUUGAGAUGGUUUUACCCUGGGAAUUAUACUUUACGUUUUCCAUGCCUAGAGCAAGUGCACGUAAUCGAUUGCAGGUGGAUGAAAACUUUCAGUCCAAUCAACAUAAUAGAUCAUUCAACAAAGUGGUUUUCUGCAGAAUAUCAAUAUGAGAAACCUCAUCAGUGUUCUGAUCUUAAUUCUACUGCACACAGGAUAUUUGAGGAAAAGCUUUGCAACUUAGAACAUCUGGAACUAGUUGGAGACGAAUGGAAGAUGAUUUGGCAUGAAGUAUUUCAGGGAAACCUUUUCUUACACAAGUUAAAAGGUAUAGUAAAAACAGACAAAUUGUCUCAAUUUCAAAUUGGCUGCAUUGAAAAAUGAUCUCAACCCUACAAUGAGGCAUUUUUGGCAAAGGCCAUGCAUAGGGAUGUGCACGUCAAGCAUGAGAAUCAUAGAAUGCUCAGUGUUGUUGAUGUCGGGCGUGAGCUUGGUCACCUCGAGUGUGGCAACUCUAGAGACCCCUUGUGUGAAAUUUAUCAAGAUCGAGAAGAGUCACAUCGAGUGUGCUCCUUCUAGGAGCUUGCAGCUUUAAUCGCAACAGACGCAUAACACCCCCAUGCAGGGCAUCAUCAUAUGCCUACAACUAGUACGUGUAUAAUUGUGUAACUAAUGAAAUUAGUCUUGAUAGAUACAUUAUACGAAUUAUUUGGUUGUGAAAACUGUGUCAUGUGUGUAGUAUGGAAAAGUGAGAAAGUAUGUGAUGAGAACGUGAAUACUUGAUGUUUGGGAUAUGAUAAGUGAUUAUGUGAUAAACUUAAGUACAUCUUAGUAAUGUAAAAGUUUGGGUGAAUGUCCUAGUAGUAGUGUGACUUGUGUAAUAUGAAAUAGUGAAAAUAUAAAUUAUGAAUGUAAAUAUUAUGGCUAU